GAGAAAGAGAGAGAGCCCACCGUCACAGCUGCGGGGCUGGGAAGAUGCCCUCUCGCUUUGGCACUGCGGUGCGGAUCUUCAUCACCACCCUAUUCGCGGCAGUGGUGCUUUUUGCCAUCCUAUUGGCUUAUGUGACAGGUUACCAGUUCAUCCACACCGAGCAGCACCACCUGUCUUUUGGCUUGUACGGUGCCUUUCUGUCCCUCCACCUCCUCCUGCAGAGCCUCUUCGCCUACCUGGAGCACCGGCAAAUGCGUGGCCCCUCCAGACCCCAGCACCUGCGGCGCACCGUGGCCCUCUGCAUCGCAGCCUAUCAGGAGGAUCCGGACUACCUUCGCAAGUGUCUUUGGAGCAUUCGCCGCAUUUCUUUUCCCGGGCUUAAAGUAGUCCUGGUGGUGGAUGGGAAUCGGCAGGAGGAUGGCUACAUGAUGGACAUCUUCCAGGAGGUGAUGGGGGGAGUGGAGCAGACAGGCUGUGUGGUGUGGAAGGGGAAUUACCAUUGCGACGGGGAUGGGGGAGGAGGGAAAGGCUCGUUGCAUGCCGAGGAGGCUGCACGGGUGGCCAGGGUGGUGCAAAGCUGCCGUUAUUCCUGCAUCAUGCAAGAGUGGGGCGGCAAGAGGGAGGUCAUGUAUACAGCCUUCAAAGCACUGGGAGAUACUGUGGAUUACAUACAGGUAUGUGAUUCAGACACUGUACUUGAUCCAGCAUGCACCAUUGAGAUGCUGAAGGUUCUAGAGGAAGAUCCGGAAGUGGGUGGGGUUGGAGGGGAUGUUCAGAUUCUGAACAAGUACGACUCCUGGAUCUCCUUCCUGAGCAGUGUCCGUUACUGGAUGGCUUUCAACGUGGAGCGGGCUUGUCAGUCUUACUUCGGAUGUGUGCAGUGCAUCAGUGGACCUCUGGGAAUGUACCGCAACUCUCUCCUCCAGCAGUUCCUGGAGCCCUGGUACCACCAGACCUUCCUAGGAAGCAAGUGCAGCUUCGGAGAUGAUCGGCACCUCACCAACCGCGUCCUCAGCUUCGGCUACAAAACCAAGUUCACGGCACGCUCACAAUGCCAAACCGAGACCCCCACGCAAUAUCUGCGCUGGCUCAACCAGCAGACCCGCUGGAGCAAGUCUUACUUUCGAGAGUGGCUCUACAAUGCCCUUUGGUUCCACAAGCACAGCCUCUGGAUGACCUAUGAAUCUGUGGUCACCGGAUUCUUCCCCUUCUUUCUGGUGGCUACAGUCAUCCACCUGUUCUACCGAGGCCGGUUGUGGAACAUCUUGCUCUUCUUGCUAACAGUCCAGCUGGUGGGCAUGGUGAAAGCCACCUAUGCCUGCUUCCUGCGGGGUAGGCUUGUCAUGAUCUUCAUGUCACUGUAUUCACUACUCUACAUGUCAAGCCUGCUGCCUGCUAAGAUCUUUGCCCUGUUGACUAUUAACAAAGCAGGUUGGGGAACAUCAGGCAGGAAAAAGAUAGUGGUAAACCUUAUUGGGGCUGUGCCUGUGACCGUGUGGGCAGCCAUACUGCUCAGUGGCGUGGUUUACACCAUUUACUGUGAGGUCCAAGAGCCCUUUAGUGAGACAGAAAAGGCUCUUCUCAUUGCAGGUACCAUCCUCUAUGCCUGUUACUGGCUCAUACUCCUGGUGCUCUACCUGGCCAUAGUGGCCAAGCGCUGUAACAAAAGAGAGGAACAGUAUCACCUAUCCUAUGCCGAAGCCUAG